AUGUCUCUUCCAUUUUCAAUAGUCGAUAAUGAAGCAUUUAAAAAAUUUAUGUUAGAUGUUGAUCCAAAAUACAAGAUGAUCAAUCGACGUGAUAUUACACGUUCUUUUCUUCCUGUCAUGUAUAAAAAAUGUGUCAAGAAGCUACAGGACAUUUGUAAUCGAUCAAAAUAUGUUAGUCUUACUCUUGACGUAUGGAGUGAUCGUCGAAUGCGUAGUUAUUUUGGUAUAACUCUUCAUACAAUUGUUGAUGAUCAAUAUAAAACUUAUCUUCUAUCGUUCGAACGUCUAACAGGUAAACAUUCUGGUGAUAAGCUUGCUGCUGAAUUUGAUCGGGUUAUACAAUUGUAUAAUUUAAAAGAUAAACUCGUUCGAAUAGUUACUGAUAAUGCAAGUAACAAUCAAGCUGCUUUUGAUGAUCUCGUAUUACCCGGUUUUGAUGAAUAUUUUAAUGAUAUUGAUGAUGAUCAAUCUGAACUUGAAACAAGUGAUAAAGAUACUGAUGAUAAUGAGUGCAAGAAUAAUCGAUUACAAACAGUAGAAGUGAAUGAUGAUAUAUAUGGAGCAACACUUAAUGCACCAUCAGAACAAGAAUUUUUAAGAUUACCAUGUUUUGCUCAUUCUCUUCAGCUGGUGGUUCAUGAUGGUAUAAAGGCUGCUGGUGGUGCAUUAUCAUCUCUUAAAAAGGUAGCUGAUCUUGCUAAGCUUGCACACACAAGUACAUCAUUUGCUGAACGAUUAGAAGAACGUCAUUAUAGUAUUUCUCGAGCUAAUCACAGAAAAACAUUAGAAGAUUUCGUUUGUUUAUUUGAACUGUUUAAUGAAGCUACUAUUUUGACACAAGGUGAAUGUUAUGCUACUGUUAGUCUUGUUGCUCCUACAAUUCUUGGUAUUCUUUUUGAUCUUGAACAUGAACGUGCUUCUUCAAAUUUAUCUCUUGUAUCUUUAUGUGAAGCACUUCUUUAUUCUAUCAAAGCUCGUUUUAGUGGUCUUCUUGGUUAUUUCGACAUUGAUGUGCCAUUUGCCUCUUAUUCUAUGUCUGAACGUUUUUCUGAUCCUAUUUUUCUGAUUGCACCUCUACUCGAUGCACGUUUUAAAUUGUUAUGGCUUGAUAAUCUUCCAGUUGUGGAAGAGGAAGCUGAUGAGUCGAACGUACCUGAACAAGAUGCCAGCGAGAAGCUGACUAAACAUUCCGAUGCAAUACCAAAAAGAAAAUGCCUUUUUCCUUAUUUGAAUGAUAUAAAAAAGACUUCUUUUGAUGAGAAACAAAAAAUUUUGGUAGAGCUUGAUGCUUUUCUAUCGGAAAAAAGUGAUGAAGGUAAUUUACUUUUCCUCAAGAAAAAUCUUUAUCCUUCUUUAUAUGAACUUGGUCUGAAAUACUUGUCAGUGCCGGCUACAUCAGCUUCUAUUGAAAGAGUAUUUUCUCAAAGUGGUUUUAUAAUGCGUCAACAUCGUGCAUCGUUAACUUCAAAAAGUGUAUGCUUGCUUACUUUUCUUAAGUGUAAUAAAGUUUUGUUGUAA